AUGGACCUCAUCGAUGAUCGCGCAGUUCUCGGUGAUGAAGAGGAGGACGAAUCCUUCGAUGAAGACACGGGUGAAGCAAGACCAAAGUCAACUGGCGCGAACGGACACUUUGAUGAUUCCUCUGAAGAAGAGGAAGAGGACGAAGAUGAAGAGGCUGCAGCCGAGGUUGCCAAAGACUUCAUUGUUGACGAGGACGAAGAAGAUGAAGAAGCCCGCCGCGAACGAAGACGAGAACGAAAGAAGCGACGCCGCGAAGAGCGCGAAGAUGAAGAUCUCGAUGAAGAGGAUUUGGAGCUCAUCGGCAUGAAGCCCACUGAAGAACCAACCGAAUCAAAGUUCAAGAGACUCAAGCGAGGCCCUCGAGAAGACCGUGACGCGCAACAGCAUUACGGUGUCAAUGAUAUUUUCGGUCAUUCCGACGAGGAAGAGGAGGCGGUUGACUACAGUCGGCGGAGUCGUCAGGACCGACGAGGGCUACAGGACGAGUUUGACGAUUUCAUCGAAGAGGAUAUCUUCUCAGACGAAGAGCAACAACGGCAACGUGAAGAUGAAGAAGUGGCCAGACAUAAUCGUCGUGGGAUCGCGGAGCUGGGUAUCGCUGAUGCAGCCGGGCUCGAUGAGCAGGCCCUGGAAGACUUUCGCGCGGCCUUUGGUGAUGGAACAGACUACGACUUUGCUCUAGAGAAGGAGGAAGAGGCUGACGAAGAGGAAGCCAAAAAGGACAAGAACCUUCAUCUGAGAGAUGUCUUUGAGCCUUCGCAGCUGGCGGAAAAACUACUCACCGACGAGGACAAUGAAGUUCGAUUCACCGAUAUACCCGAACGUCAUCAGCUGGCCCGGAGACCAUACCGCGACCUUGAACUGACCGAAGACGAGGUCAAAGAAGAAGCACUGUGGAUAGCCAAUCUGAUCCUACCCUCGAAGGGGCACGAUGAGAUCCACCACGAACCUUUCAGACGCGCUGUCGCAGAUAAUCUGGACUUGAUGACUCGGCAGGACUUUGAACCGCCGUUCAUCUACAUGCACCGAAAAGAUUAUCUACUGUUCCCACAGACUAAGGUGGUCGGUGUGCAGGAAGAUGGGAGUCCGAAAGUCAUCGACGACACCGUCAAACUUCUCAACCAGAAAGAUCUGUGGCGCAUACUGGAGCUUGAUCUAAAGUAUCGAGCGCUUAUCGAAAGGAAAAGAGCGCUACAGAAGACUUACGCGGAUCUGCAUUCGGCCAGUGUACCGGAAGACACCACCUUCGAACAACUCCUACCCCGGGCUGCUACGAUGGAGGAUCUUCAGGAUUUACAGGACUAUCUAUAUUUUGAGUACGCUUCGCAGCUCAAAGAUCUGGCGCUGACCUCGAAUGGCGAGACCAAUGGGGUGAGCAUGUCUCAGAAGAAAGCAUCGACCAGAAGUGUUUAUGAGGAAAUUCGUGCCUCGAAGGCAUUUGGUCUCGUUCGCGCCUUUGGUAUUACUGCGGACGCAUUUGCGCGAAACGCCGCCAGGGAAGGUGUUCGGACGUACACAGAGGAUCCCUCUGACAGCCCCGAGAAUCUUGCUGAUACAAUGGUUGACGAUGAAUUCCCUACUGGCGCUCGAGUGCUCAAGGCUGCCAAGGCCAUGUUUAUUGAACAGUUGGCAACGAACCCACGGAUUCGACGUCUCAUCAGAGAGAAAAUCUUUCCCCAAGGGGUUAUUGAUUGCCAUCGUACCGAAAAAGGCCUUCGCAAGAUCGACGAACAACAUCCUUAUUACGAGUUCAAAUACCUUCGAAACCAGAAGUUAUUUUACUUCAGUGAUCGACCCGACUUGUUCCUCAAGAUGCUGAAGGCCGAGGAAGAAGGCUUAAUCGAGAUUCGGGUCCGACUGCCAGGACUGGAUGCAUUCAAGAAAGAACUCAACAAGCACAUCGAAACAGACAAUUAUUCUACUGUAGCAGAUGCGUGGAACCAGGAACGUCGAGAAGCGGUGUCAAUCACUGUUGACAAAAUUAUGAAAUUGAUGGCCCGAUCGGUCAAGGAAAACCUCAAGGAACAAUGCGAAGCGACCAUUGGAAAUGACUGCCGCGACGAAUUCUAUGCAAAACUUGAUCAGGCACCAUGGAAGCCGAGGGGUUUGGCUAAAGGUACCAUUCCGCGGGUUUUGGCCAUGACCAAUGGUGGCGGGACCGUUGGACGCGAUCCUAUUUACUGGGCCUAUGUCAGUGAUGAGGGCAGAGUUCUUGAGCACGGUCAGUAUAAGGAGCUAGGCCCCGGCAACCGAGAACGCGGCAUCCCCGACGGCAAAGACGUCGACGCGCUCUUGGAAGUUAUCCGAAGGAGGGAGCCUGAAGUCAUCGCUGUCUCAGGAUGGUGUCCCGACACCCGCAAACUUCUAGCAAACUUGACCACAUUGGUCAGCAACCAUGACCUUCGUGGCGCGACAUACACGGAUGACGAUGAUCAAGAUCGAAGCGACCUCUUGGACGUCAUUCUGGUUAACGACGAGGUGGCGCGUAUGUCGAAAUCUGGCGAUCGAAUGAAAGCCGAUAACCCAGGAGUUCCUGAAAUGGCUCUCUACUGUGUUGGACUUGCGAGGUACAUGCAAUCACCCCUCAAAGAAUACGCGGCUCUAGGACGAGACAUUGUAUCCAUCAACUUCCACUCUGCCCAGAACCUGCUGCCACAAGACAAAUUACUGAAGAAACUGGAAACUGCUCUUGUGGAUACGGUCACCAUGACCGGCGUGAACAUUAAUGAGGCUGUGACUGAUCCUGGGUUGGCAAAUCUGCUUCCCUACGUGGCUGGUCUUGGGCCUCGAAAGGCUUCACAUCUGGUCAAAGUGAUCAACCUCAACAAUGGCUUUGUCAGGGCUCGAGAGGAUUUGCUGGGUCUCAACGAUAAACACCAGGCCAUGGGACCCAAAGUCUGGGCCAAUGCGGCAUCUUUCUUAUACAUCGACUUCGAGAUGUCAGAUCCAGACUCUGAAUAUCUAGACAACACGCGUAUACAUCCCGAAGACUACGAUAUUGCUCGGAAGAUGGCAGCUGAUGCACUCGAACUCGAUGAAGAAGACAUUGAGGCCGAGAGACAGGAGGGAGGAUCGGGAGCAAUUGUGCGCCGCUUGAUACGAGAAGAAGCGCAAGAGCGUGUUCAUGAUCUGGUUCUCGAGGAAUAUGCCGCACAGUUGGAACAAAACCUCAACUCCAAAAAGCGCAGCACACUGGAGAAUAUCACCGCUGAGCUCAACGAUCCCUAUGAAGAAUUGAGAAAUCCGUUCCGGGUCAACCUUGGUGAGUCCGAGGUGUUCACAAUGCUCACAGGUGAGACGAGGGAGUCCCUGCAGAGAGGCAUGAAUGUUCCCAUGACGCUGAAGAGAGUCACCGAUGAUCACAUGGAGGGCAAACUCGAAUGCGGCUUGGACGCGGUGGUUGAAGAUCGCCAAUGGGCAGACCCUGCCUUGUCACCAAAGCAGCUGUACAACAUCCACCAGACUGUUCAAGCUCACAUUACCUCGAUCAAUCGCAAAGACUUUAUCGUCACAGUGAGCUUGAGAGACGAGCAGGUCAAGAAACCAUUCAGGAGAUACAAUCACAACGAUCGGAACUACGACGAAUGGGAUGAGCGCGAAGAGGUGGCGGACAAGAAGUUGCUCGAAGAGAAAACGGACUUGGGCAACCGGGUCACCCGAGUGAUCAAGCACCCUCUCUUCCGGCCUUUCAAUUCGAAACAAGCGGAAGAGUACCUGGGCAGCCAAAACCGUGGUGACGUUGUGAUCCGGCCGUCGUCAAAGGGCAACGAUCAUCUUGCGGUGACCUGGAAAGUGGCCGACGGCAUCUUCCAACAUAUCGAUGUGCUCGAAUUGGACAAAGAGAACGAGUUCUCUCUGGGACGAACUCUGAGGAUAGGUGGAAGAUACAACUACUCGGACUUGGAUGAACUGAUUGUGCUGCAUGUCAAAGCCAUGGCCCGAAAAGUGGACGAGAUGUGCAACAACGAGAAAUUCCAGAACAAAUCCAAGGCCGCAUUAGAGGAGUGGCUAACCACCUAUACCAACGCAAACCCCAAGCGCUCCAUGUACCAAUUCUGCCUCAACCGUGAACGACCCGGCCAGUUCCACCUUGUCUUCAAGGCGGGCCAGAACGCGAAGCUCAUGGACUGGAGCGUGAGGGUAAUCCCACAAGGGUUCGAGUUGAUGAAACAGCCCUAUCCCACGAUGAAAGAUCUGUGCAACGGCUUCAAGUUGAUUUUCCAGAACAUGCAUGAGGCAGCGGCAAUGGGCAGACCCAUGCGAAGAUAA